UUUGUUUCAACAGAAAAUCAAAUGUUAGUAUUUGCUUUGAAAUUAGCAGUUUCUGGUUAGAAAAGGUCUACAUGAAUUUGAGGUAGUGACAAUAUUGAAAACAGCAAAUGAAACAUCUGGUUUAAGUAAACAAUGUUAACAGUCCUAUCUCAAAAAUAGAAACAAAUUGAAGGCUUAUUAGUCCUGUUUGGUUCUUGAUUUUCAAGAUUUUUCAAUCAAUUGUUUCUAAUCUGUAGCUGGUACAAUUGACAUCAAGGCUGACUUUUCUUUGGACUCAACAACUAUUCCAAGAGUUUAUUCGAGUCAUUCGACAUUAUUGGGUUGUUGUGUCCUGAAAGGGGACAAGUCAAAAAUAUUACUACUGGAUGUUUGAAGAUUCUACCACAUUGAGCUUGAAUAUACUUAAAGAAAGUUUUGAUCCAGGCUAUUGAAUAUAAGGGGGAAUUCAGAAAGUUUUAAUAGCCUUAUUAUUGUUAGCAAAACACCAGAACAGGCACCAGCUAGAUAAAUGAGAAAAAACUAUUAUGAUUUGGGUGAUGGAGAAAUUGCAGCAGCAAUUGCAGCUUCUGCAUUUGCUAUAUAUUCCCUUGAAGAAAAUGCUGGCUCUCAAUAUCAGACAAAAACAAGAGGACCCGUUCGACCUGCAGAAGCAGCUCCAAUGAUAAGGCCAUCCAUGCCGAAUCGUAAUACUUUAGUAGAAAUGACAACCAUAACUCCUGCUAAUGAUAAAAUUCAAAAUGGAAUUUCAAGAGGAAGCAGAAAGGCUGAAAACAAAGCUGAUGCUUGGGAGAAAGCUCAGACCGCGAAAAUAAGGAAGCGACAUGAUGAACUGCUUUCUGCACUUCUUGCUUGGGAGAAUGAAAAGAAGAUGAUAGCAAAACAACAAAUGGAAAGAAGAAAGAAUCAAUUGGAGCUUGCUAUGAAAAGGAACUUGCAGCAUUACAAAAAUAAACUAGCUAGGAUUGAUCAUAUUGCUAAAGGAGCAAGAACACAAGCAGAAGAGAAACGAAAAUAUGAAGAAUCUAUUGUGAAAGAGAAAUCAAAUAAGAUUAGAUCAACAGGAAACGUCUCUGUUAAAUGUUUCUGCUUCUAAGUGUCAAAAAAGUAUGAGACCUGAAUUUGAAAAUUGAAAACUGAAAUUCUAAUUCCACAAAAUUG